AUGAAGACUACGUCCGCUGUCAUCUCUACCCUUGCCCUUGUUGGUUCUGCUCUCGCGGCUCCCACUCCCCAAAGCUCUUUCCAGGGUCUAGCCAUCAACUCCGGCUCCCCAAUCCAAUUCGCUAGCGUCAGCGCCAAUGACGAGAACUUCUGGCUGCGCUACAAGAGCUCCGCCUAUUGUCCUCCCGGCAUUGAAUGCUCCAACACAACUUCCACUCUCUUCACUGGCGGCAAGGACACUCUGAACCUCAAGGUCGCGGUUCCUGGCGGCCAACAAGUCUACGUUAACGACGUUGGUGCUUUGAGAUACACCGAGCCCCACUCCGCAGCCAUCGGUGUAGGGUCUUCCCAAACAGGCUUUGGCGUAAAGAAGGAGGGACAGUUUGACUACCUUACUUACAACGGUGAUGGCUUCCUUGCUUGCCCAACUGAUGCAGAAGCUUAUCUGAUCUAUGUUCGCGGGGCUUCUGCUGUCAACGAUGAUGCGAAAUGCCUUGGCUUUGACUUCUUGAUGGGUCCUGACUCUGCCCCUGCUGCUUGGGGAUACUCCUGA